AUGCUCCUCCUAGGUCUCACCGGCAGCAUCGCAACCGGCAAAUCCACCGUCUCCGCCCUCCUCCGCUCGCCCCCCUACAACCUCCCCAUCAUCGAUGCCGACGUUCUCGCGCGCAAGGUCGUCGAGCCUGGCACCCCUGGCUACAAAGCUAUCGUGUCCUACUUUGGUCCCAGCACGCCUGACCUGCUCCUUCCGCCCUCCGACCCCGCCUCUGGAGGCGAGAAUGGGCCAAAUGGGAAGGGCAGACCGCUGAACCGUCCGGCGCUGGGGAAGAGGGUGUUCGGGGGCGGUGAGGACAGGACGAGGGACCGCAAGGUGCUCAAUGGCAUUGUGCAUCCUGCGGUGCGGAGGGAGAUGUACAAGGCCAUGCUUUGGUACUACUUGACCGGGCACUGGUGCGUGGUGCUGGACAUCCCCUUACUCUUUGAGAGCGGGUGGGAGAAGUUCUGUGGCAGCAUCAUUGUGGUGGCCGUCCGAGAUCCGGCGGUUCAGAUGAAGAGGCUCAGGGAACGGGAUCCGCAUUUGAGUGCGGAGGACGCGGAGAAUCGGGUUAUGUCUCAGGGGGACGUGAGGGAGAAGGCGGAGAGAGUGCUAAGGAGAGGGGAGGGUGCGGGUGUAGUGGUGUGGAAUGAUCAGGACAAAGAGCAUCUGAAGAGGGAAGUUGAUCGGGUUAUGAAGGAGAUCAGGCGGAGAAGCCCAAAUUGGUGGUCCUGGUUGCUACUCUUCUGUCCGCCGCUUGCAGCUGUUGUAGGCGGAUGGAGCUUCUGGCGAAUGGGUAAGGUGCAGCGGCAGUGGGAAGAGGGGAAGAAGCGGGAAAAGGCGAAGCUCUGA